GCGGUGUAGGCGCUAGCGUAAAGCUGUCUCAGUCCGGUCUGCACACGUUUCUCUGCUGCGGCGAGGAAAUAAAAUGCGGAGCAGCAGGGAACUGGACCAGUCCGGAACCAGAUCCACAUUCACAUGAACCAAACUGACCGGCUCGGCUCAGCACGGCCCGGUUCGUAGACAACAUGACAGCAGCGGCGGAGCGAGCGGCAGAGGACAAGGAGAUUUCCGCGUGACCGUCAGACAGACGCGGAGCCGACGUGUGGACCUCCGCCGCUUAGGGACGCAGCUAGCCGGCAGCUAACGGAGACAUGUCCGCGGACGGAACCGGCAAGAUACGCAGCCGCAUCAAGAACCUGCUGCGCUCCCCGUCCAUCAAACUCCGGCGGAGCGGACACAAGCACGACCCGAGCAACAAGGUGACUUUAGAGAAGGUUCUGGGGAUCACUUCUCCGGGGAACCGGGCCCUGGCCUGCGACCCCCGAACUGGACUGUUGGCCUAUCCUGCAGGGUGUGUUAUUGUCCUGCUGAAUCCUCGGAAAAACAAACAGCAUCACAUCUUCAACAGCUCCAGGAAGGCCAUCACCACCUUGGCUUUUUCUCCAGAUGGGAAAUAUGUUGUUACAGGGGAGAGUGGUCACAUGCCAGCGGUUCGGGUCUGGGAGGUGUCGGAUCAUCAGCAGGUCUCUGAGCUGCAGGACCAUAAAUAUGGCGUCGCCUGUGUGGCUUUCUCUCCCAACGGCAAAUACAUUGUCAGCGUGGGAUACCAGCACGACAUGAUGGUCAAUGUCUGGAGCUGGAAGAAAAACAUUGUGGUGGCAGCCAACAAGGUUUCCAGCAAAGUGACGGCCGUCUCCUUCUCAGAGGACAGCUCAUACUUUGUUACUGCCGGCAACCGACAUGUGAAGUUCUGGUACCUGGACCACACCAAGACUUCCAAGGUCAGCUCCACCGUCCCUCUGCUGGGGCGUUCAGGGCUGCUCGGAGAACUCAGGAACAACUUCUUCAGUGAUGUGGCAUGUGGGCGGGGCCAGCAGUCCUCCUCCACCUUCUGCAUCACUUCUUCAGGUCUGCUGUGUGAGUUCAACGAUCGGAGGCUCCUUGACAAGUGGGUGGAGCUACGGAGACUCGACUCUGCCUCUACGUCCCAGGCUACCUGUCUGUCUGUCACAGAGGAGUUCAUCUUCUGCGGAUGUUCUGAUGGGACGGUCCGAGCCUUCAGCCCCCUCAACUUGCACUUCCUCUGCACGCUGCCCCACCCCCACUGCCUGGGAGCUGACGUUGCCGGCAUGGUCGACACCAGCCAGCUGUUCUCCCGCAGAGCGGACUCUCGUUACCCAGACACGGUGGCGGUGAGCUAUGACCCCACCAAUCACUGGCUGUCGUGCGUCUACAAUGAUCACAGUGUUUACGUUUGGGACGUUCAGGACCUGCAGGACCUCCACAGAGCAGGAAAAAUGUACUCGGCCCUCUACCACUCCUCCUGUGUGUGGAGCCUGGAGGUGUACUCAGAGGGGAAAGAAAGAGGAGAGGUGAAACACCCUUCUGGAUCCUUCCUGUCCUGCUCCUCUGAUAACACCAUCCGACUGUGGAACAUUGACGGACACAACAUCCUCCACAGGAACAUCCUGAGCCACGAUUUACAGAAGAUCAUUUAUGUGGAUGACAACGUGAGCAGCCUCCUUGACACAGAGAACAUCACUGUUGCUGGUGGAAACUCUGAGAAGACGAGCUCUUUGGGGUCAGAGUGGCAGCAGAUGGACCAGACCAGGGUGGGCAUUAAGACCCUGAGAGUUAGUCCAAACGGAAAGCACCUGGCCUCUGGAGACCGCAUGGGGGUCCUCAGGAUCCACGACCUGGACAGCAUGGAGGAAAUCCUCAACGUCCAGGCUCACGAUUCCGAGAUUCUCUGCCUGGAGUUUUCCAAACCAGAUACAGGUCUCCAGUUAUUAGCCACAGCCAGUCGGGACCGUCUAAUCCAUGUCCUGAAUGCGAGUAAAGACUACAGUCUGGUCCAGACUUUGGAUGAACACUCUUCUUCCAUCACUGCCGUCAGAUUUGCUGCCAAUGAGGGGAAGGUGCGGAUGAUCAGCUGUGGGGCCGAUAAGAGCGUUUACUUCCGGACGGCUCAGCAGGUUGGGGAGAGUUUGGAGUUCACUCGGACGCACCAUGUUGUCAGGAAGACGACGUUGUAUGACAUGGAUGUAGAACCCAACAGGAAGUAUGCAGCAGUGGGCUGUCAAGACCGCAACAUCAGGAUCUUUAACAUCAGUAAUGGGAAACAGAAGAAGGUGUAUAAAGGCUCUCAGGGCGAGGAUGGGACCAUCAUUAAGGUGCAGAUCGACCCAUCAGGACUCUACAUCGCCACCUCCUGCUCAGACAAGAACAUCAGUAUAUUUGACUUCUGCUCUGGAGAGUGUGUGGCCACCAUGUUUGGACACUCAGAGAUUGUAACAGGACUGAAAUUCAGCAGUGACUGCAGGCACCUGAUUACCGUGUCAGGAGAUAGCUGCAUUUUCGUGUGGCGUCUGAGUCCAGAGAUCACCAUCAGGAUGAGGCAACGGCUGGCGGACCUCCGACCCCCCAGCACCAUUCCCAACUCCCAGCAUGCACCUCAGCAGACUGUCGGGAGGACCAGCAAGGAGACGGCGAACCCUUGUGUUGCCACCCUGUCAUCUGACACCGAUGCAGAAGAGGAAGAAGAGGAAGAGGGGGAGCUUGACUGCUCUCAUAUGAUCAACAUACGAAGUCUGAAGGAGGAAACAGGAGCGUCAGAGGAGUCGUGCAGCAGGAAGGAGGCCUUAGGGGGUCGCCUCCCCCGCCGUCAGUGGUCCAGGAGGACGGCGAGUGCUGACGGUGUGUUGAUGGUGAAGUCUAUGUUGGACCUUAGACUGCUAGGCACCUACUGCCCCAGUCAGGAGGAGCUGGAGAAGGUGAAGAAAUACCCCCACCAUGAUAACACCUGUAGCAUGAGGAGAAGGAGUCAGGGGGUGGAGCCGGAGCCGGGUCUUCAGAGGACCAAUGAGGAGCUCCAGAGUACCAUCAGCCUGCAGGUCACCUCAGCAUGGGUUGAGGACGAAGCAAAGACCAACCAGAGACCAGACUUUAUCCUGCUAUCCAAUCACAGCCAAGAUAGAGAGAAUCCAGUGCUGUUUCCCGACCAAUGGGUGGACGGAGUGAGUCUGGCAGGAAGUGAGUUCCAGGUGAUAGAGGCGUGUCACACUGCUGCAGGUGGACGACAGGACAAACCCAGUCCAGACAGUGGCUGCUCUCUGGGUUUCAACUCCACCCUGUCUAGUCCACAGAGACCUGCAGGAGACGACUCAGAACCCACAGAACGUCUCAGUGUGGAUGGAAACUCCUCAGACCUAGAGAUGGAUGAUGAGGAAGAGGGGGCAGGACAAGAACGUCGGGAAAUGAUGGGUCCUCUAGCUGUCCCUCAGAUACCAGACCAGGAGGCUUUCCUGAAGGAGCAUUUUGUUGCACUAGCUGACCCGUCUGCCUCAGGAAGUCCCAGCAGAACGUCUCACAGCUCCAGUGAAAGCAUCAGUAUCUCCUCCAGGUUCCUCUCUCAGAACUCAGCUGGAAGCCGGACUGUGUUUCCUCCCACAACAUGGACCACCGAGGGGGCCGGAGUGGAGGGGAGGGCCCGGCCUCUGGUCUCUGAGGUCCGUCCCCUGAUGGACGGGUAUCAGAUCAGUACACAAGACAGGAGGUUGUGGAACCAGAACCAGACAUCCUCAUUUCAUGACCUACCACAGACUCACACUAGUCAGGACCAGUCCAGACCAGUCAGGACCAGUUCCUGCUUCUACAAGGUCAGAACAAGCUCCAGCAGCAGGUGGAGGAAGCCUCUUUGGCCCAGCUGGUGUCUCCACAGAAAAAAAAAAAACCAGACUGUGGUGGAGCCCAGGAGGAACCUGGGUCUGACAGUUUGGGCGGGUUCUUCCCAGCUGAACUCAGGACUUCAAAAGGCCCAGUCGGUCCAGAACUUGGUGACUGACCCAGGACUUCUCUCUGACUCUCAGCUGACCUUCCAUCCAUCAAGAGACGUCCCUCCUCAGCGUCCCACCACCCUCCCCUCUUCCCCCCGACGCCCUCCAUCCACAGUACCUCCCCCACAGAAACUCACCCCUGUCUCCCCACAGUCACCAAAGCAGGAUGUUGCCGCUUGGUCCAGGAAGUCUUCUUCAUCCUCCUCUACCCCAUCACGCUCCUACAUGAGCCCCACCGCCAGCUCCAUGGCCAAGAUGUCCCGCUCCGUCUCCAUGGGCGACGGCCUCAACAUCCCAGAACCCUCUGAGGAUCCUGUAUCACCGUUGUCAGUGGCAACCUCCUCCUCUCAGUUCAUAGAGACUCCACCUCCUUUUGCUGCAGGGGUGCUGUCCAAGCCUCCCCAUGCAGCUGUAGUCCCUGUUGUCGUCUCAUCAUCGUCUUCGCCUUUAUCCGUGUCUAACCACGGUAACCGGCUAACUCCUGCAUCUCGCGGUCUCCAUGGUCGUGUCCCUGGCAGGCCACUUCCUGACAAGCCCACCCUGGACUCCUUCUCUCCUUCCUCCAAGUCUGCUACUACCUCCUCCUCCUCUUCAUUGCAGUCUCAUCCAGUCUGUGUCUCCGCCCUCAUCCCCCCACAGCAAGAGGUGGAGCCUCACAUUCCUGUAGGUGGAAAUGCAGAGCACUCAGACGACCCAGAUCAGCUGGUCAGCCUGGAGGCCUGCAGGGUGCUUGCCAAUGAGCUGCAGAGCUGCUUUAAGAGGGCUACACGUCUGUACAGGCAGGUGAGUGGCUCCUCCGUAGAUGACUCCUCCGCCCACCAGUGUCAGAUGUCUCUCCUCCUAUCGGAGGCCUUCCAGGCCAUGAGGAUGGAGCUGGACUCUCUGCCGCUUGGUGUGCCGAGCAUGCUGGGAUUGGAGGACGGUCUGAAAGGAGUAGGGGAGGUGAAGACGGCAGCUUUGUUGGAGGAGUACUCUCUGCUCCUCCUGCAAGCCGUCCACAGGAGGAUCAAUAACACCUCCUGAACUGGGAAUACUGGGAGCUUCCUCUCCAUGCCCAUCCUCACCUGCAGGGACAUGGGACUAAAUGAAGGAGUUCAGCCUUCCUCACCUGUUUUUUCCCCUGUUAAUGUCAGAUUUUUUUUAACUGAAAUUCCAGUUUCUUCCUCCUCCUGCUCCUCAGAGGUUUUGAUCUUCCUCCUGGUCGUCUGACACUGGACAAUCUUUUAUGAUACAAACUGUUUUUAUAGAAGCUGUUUCUGGUGCUUUGUUCAAAUCCACCCCUUCACUGAGAGCAUUCCUCCAUCACACACCAGCAGAUGAAGUGGGGAUUGAACCACCGAUCCUCUGGUUGCUGGAUGGCCGCUGAACCUCCUGAGCUGCUUAGAUGGUUUCCAGAAGUUUCUCUGAUUGAAUUGUAGAUGUUUGGACUUUUUUUUUUCUUUCCUGUCAUUCUCUGAAGUUGUAAAUAUGGAAUGAUGCACCACUGGAGUUAGCUGCAGACUCCCCCCCUCACACACACACCAACAACCAUGCACACACGCACACACACACAUGCACGUUUGAUAAACUUGGAAAACCUGUUUAUUUCCCUUUAAAUGGAGGCAGUCUCUGACUAACCCACCCUGUGCAUGAACCCCACCCUGUGGAUGAACCCCAGGGGACCAGCCUUGUCCUCUUGGAGGACAGAGUUCGGUCUUGUUGUGGCUGUUUGGCAUCGGAAGGGAAGAUCUGGACAGUUUUCCAUGGACACAUGGAAAUAAUCAACUCUGCUGCUCAUCCUAUACAUGGAACCAAAUUUGGCUCCAUUUAAAGAGAAAUCAACAGACCUUCUAACAGUAUCAGAUUUAAUGUUAAAAUAAAGAAAUGAUCCACCAAACACUGAUUUCCUGCUGAGUUUAGUUUAGUUUUCUGGAUCUGCAUUGGUCUGAAGGAUCUGAUUGAUAGUUUGUUAUAGCUGUUAGAGUGUAGAGAGAUUUUCAGCCAUAUGAGACCAUCUUCAUUAACUUAAUGUUCAUUCCUUCAUGUGAUGUAAAUUUUCUUCCACUUUAAUGAAAGAGUUAAACUUGACUUUGGUUUCUGGUGAUUUCUGAGGUGAUUUUGUAUUUAUUGUGUUGAGCUGUUACAUUACUGAACCCUUCACCAGAAUCUGACUCUGCUUUUUAGAGUCGGCACAAAAUCUUAGAUUAAACCAGUUUGAUAACCUUUCCUGGAGAUAUUUUGGGGAUUUAUUGGUUUAAACUUUGAGCACAAAUCUGUCAGUUUGGGUUUUUUUUGUCACAUUUAAUAAAAUUUUCUGAUCACAUGCCUGAU